GAACUAGUUCCGUCAGGUAUGUUAUCGUUUGGAUAGGUAGGAGCAAUUGUAACUGAGGUUGCAAACACCAUCUUGCAUCAUACCUUAGUGUACAUUGAGCAGGUGUUGUAGAUUUUAUUGGGAAUACAUCGUUAUACAUCAUCGUCCUAAAAUGUACGUGGACGAGGACACGGUUCAAACCGCCCUUAACAGAACUGGGUUCGGUAAAUUCAACAUCAGAGUAUUGCUGCUGUCAAUGCUCAUCUACUUGAACUGUGGAAAUUUCAUCGCUGGCGUUGGGUUCAUUCCACCAGCAGCUAUUUGCGACUUUCAAAUGACAACUCUUGAAAAGGGCCGCAUCACCUCUGCGCCUAUGCUUGGAAUGGCCAUUGGUGCUACUUUUUGGGGAUUCUUUGCUGAUCUUAGAGGACGAAGACCUGCUCUAUUAUUAUCCUUGUGCACAGGAUUCUUAUUUGAAAUAUUGAGCGCGUUGGUAUCGAAUUACUGGAUCUUCGUGGUCUUGAAAUUUUUCACCGGUGUCAGCAUAACGGGACAAAUCUGUGUCAUAUUCACGUUCCUUGGUGAAUUUCAACCUGAAAAACAGAGAAACAAAAUGCUCUCGUGGAUGGAAUUCGCCUGGGUCGUUGGAGUACUCGUUGCUGCAUUGUUGGCCUGGGGUGUGAUACCUUUACCAAUAUCCUUCAAGCUGUCAUACUGGUUUUUCGGCUCGUGGAAAUUAUUCGUAGUGAUAGGCACUUUACCUGCUUUCUUUAGCGCACUUUACAUCUUAACAAUACCAGAAACUCCCAAGUAUCUCGCUGAGAAUGGUAAAAGUGUCAAAUUACUAUCAGUUCUCUACAUGAUUUACCACGAAAACACCGGAAAUUCUUACGACUCUUUCAAGGCCGAAUUACUAUCGAUUGGUUCACCAGCGAUUCAAGAUCUCUUUGCCGAGGAAAAAAUCAGCAAACUAUGCAAUCCCAAAGAGGAGAGGAAGAUGAAACAGCAGGCAAGAAAAGAAAAGAUGAAGAAUCUCCUGCACACAUCGAAAAAACAAAUGCACACACUCGUGAAAGCGCCAUAUGCCAAGAGGCUCUUCUCAGUCAGUUGCAUCAUGUUCUGUAUAACUUCGACGUAUUACGCUUUAAUGACAUGGUUCCCGGAAUUAUUCCAAAGAUCGGCUGACUACACCAACUUUCACAAUGGCCAAACCGAAAGCUUUUGCAAAGUCUCGAGCUGGUUCAGCCAAGUGGCCGGAAACACAACCAUAGUGAAUCAAACUGACUUCAGCAAUGACAUCCAUGAAGAUUCCAGUGUCACCGAAUGUAAAUCCGAAAUCGAUACGAGCGUAUACCUAAACACCGUAAUAUUAGCAGUUGCCUCGCUUCCUUGCGCAGUAAUCAUUCCACCUACCAUCGAUUACGUGGGCUAUCGUCUAUAUUUGUUUAUUACGGCAUUCAUAGCAUGUAUCACAACAGUAGCCAUGUACUUUGUGAGCGACACAACAGAGACUUUGUUCUUGUCAGGAAUAUUUGAGUCGUUAAAUGCUAUGAACAUUAGUUUAAUAUACUGUUUUAUCGUCGAAUUAUUCCCAACGAAUCUUAGAGUAACAGCCACUGGAAUCACUCAGUUUAUCGGCCGCGUAGGGUCAUUUACUGGAAACGUCUUAUUUGGCUUCCUUAUUGAUAAUUUUUGUACUUCUCUUUUUAUCAUAAUGUCCAUUCAAUUAUUAAUCGCUACAUUGAUGACUUGGAUGACACCUGGCAAUAAAAAAAUGAAAAAAAUUCAACAACUGGAAAAUAAAGGCAAUAUUGCUCCAAUCGUUUGAGCUCGCCAUCCAGUACCAAAAAAAUGGAA